ACCAAAUGUAUCAAGGCAACCAACAUUGGAAUUUCCUUGAAAACCGAGCAGCCACCCUCCUUUGUCACAAGGCAAGACCAAUUCCAAGAACUCGGUUCUUCAUCUUAGCCACUCCCAUGGAAAAUUUGCAGAGAUAUUCAAUACCAGGGAUUUUCCACUCACCACAAAACCUCCAAGGUAAGAGUUCCACCAGAAGAGAUGAUUCAAGAAUUCAGGCCAGCCAAUUACUUACAGUCUCUUCAAGGUCUGCUGGAAAUCUGGAUGAGGCAUCAAUUCCCACUCAUAGGGAGCCCCAUCUCUCUCUUUGCUCUCAGCUCUGCUCCGCGCACAUUCUCUACUUCUCCAAAGAGGACAUAGCCUUGCUGUGAAAGUCUCAGGAGACCAACUGGAGAACAAGAGGUGGCACAUAGAGGGAGAACACAGAAGACAAAAUGCAGGCAACAUCCCUUUACUCUCCUUUGGACUGGUGUGGAGAGAUUGAGACCAGCUGGCUGAUGCGAGAUGGGAUCCCCACAUGGUACCACGGAGACAUUUCCAGAGAAGCUGCUGAAAGUUUGCUCCAGAAGAAACCUCUGGGAUGUUUCCUAGUACGUGUAAGCCAGAGUCAUGCGGGCUACACACUGUCCUACAGAGGUAGGGACCGCUGCCGCCACUUCAUGAUCAAGCUUUUGGCUGACGGCUACUUUGCAAUCCCUGGAGAAAAGGGUGUCCACUCAACAUUAGUGGAACUGGUGAAUUUCUAUCAGAAAAUCCCCUUCGAGCCCUACAAGGAACUGCUGACUCAGCCGUGUGGCCAGGUUCCCAGGCUUCCUUCAAGACUCAGCUCAAAUCCUGCCUUCUUCAGGAAACCUUGCUCAGCUCCCUCCCACACCUCCUCAUCCUUCCCCUUGGACCUACCCUGUAUCCAUCUGGAGAAUGAGAACAAUGCAGACUAUGAGGAGAUCUCCUUUUACUCCAACAUGGCAGUGGAUGGUAAAAUCAGAACAGCAGACAGCUCAGCUACCCACAUGCCCAAGCCCAGUUCAUCUCUUCCCAUUGCGGUAUCCCUGAGAUCCGUGCCACUACCUUGGAAAAGAAUGACAGAGAAGCACAAGGCUGACAGACCAAACUCCUCAUCCCAGACAGGGGCAAAACCUUUAGAGCAAUCACCAGCCCCAGGGCAUACCCAGAGUUCAGGGAAGGCUUUGCUGAAUGAUGCCCCACAAAAAAUCUGGAAGAAUCUUAAAAAUCUGCCUCAGACGGGAAAGAAAAUAACAGAGCAAAUAAAAAGCCAUCUCUCUGAUGUGAAGCUCUCCUUCCCUUUUUCAGCAGUAGCUGGGAGCCAUGGAGAGAGCCAAGCCAGGGGGAUACCAGGAAUUAUGGGAGAUGAAUCUGCCACCCAGGUGGAAGAUAGUCAUCCAAAGGGGGAAGCACAGACCCCUCCCAGCAAUAUCCAUGCAGAUCCUUUUGAACGAGCUCCCCUUCCAAAACACCCCUCCCACCCCAAGACUCAAGAUCUCUGCCUGCCUCCAAGGAAAACGGUUGGAACAUCAGCUGCCAUGAUUUCCACUUCUGAGGACGCCACCUUCACUGGCCCUAGAAGGGGGGUAAUCUCAGGAACUACAUGCCAGGACAGUCCCAGGCCACCCGGUCAUAAGCUGGGCUCUUUCCCUGAGGAGUACUAUCCACCCCCACCCUUUGCCCCAGGGUACUGAGAGCCUCAGAGGAAACAGAGGGUCACUCACAAUGGCAGAUGCUCAGUAUUCCAGGUGUGGUCUAGGGUGACAGAUAGGUCCUAUGUCUAGAGCAUGGUGUUCAGUUCUGGGCACCCCAUUCUAGGAUGAACAUUAACAAGCUCAAAGAGAAUGCAAAAGGAAAUAACUAGUUAGUAAGGAAACCAGAAAUCCAUCAGUAUAAGAAUCAGUUAAAGGACCCACAGAAUUUUAGCCUGGAAAAGAGACUUAGUGGGGAUGGCCAAUUUCUGUCUUCAAAUAUCUGAAAGAUCAUUAUAGCAAAGAGGCAAUAAUCAUUUUGCUCGGCCCCUGAAAGCAGAAUUUUGACCAAUGGGAAAAAGGAACAGAAAGGCAGAUUUGGGUUGUUUAUAAAAAAGACCUGAGUUCAAGUCCAGAAUUUGACACAUCCUAGCUGUGUGACCACAACCUCUCAAUGCUCUAGGACUGAAACCAUCAGUGGCAGGAAAAAGCCCAAACCUGCGUGAGUAGCAGAAGUUUCUGCACCUGGGAGUACCCAAUACCAAUGAGAUUAUAGGUUCUAUCUCUACCCUCAUAAAAGAAGAUGCUUCUAACAUUAGAGUUACCUAACCAUGGAACGGGCUGCUUUGGGUGGAUAGUGACUUGCCCAUCACUGACUGUCUUCAAAUAGAGGCUGGAUAACCA